AUUAAAACCAACCCUAAGCUCCUUUUAUCUCCACUCUAAAGGUAGCCCCGAUUAUUGCUGACUUAAGCAUCAGAGUGUCUACCCCAAGAAUGGGUUUAUUCGCUUGUAAAGAAGAGAAGCUUUCACAAGAAGAUAAACAGCAAAAAGGCAAGACGAGCUCGAGCUUGACGGCAACGACAAGCAUUCUCCCAGCUCGACAGCUCGGUAGGAACAAAGCAGCCCCAGCUCGACGGCAGCAAAGCGAUCUCCCAGCUCGUCACCACAUACUAAACAAAUUUGUAAAGAAGCUCAUUGAGGAAGAUGCGAGCAAUCAACAAAAUAUGAUGAUGACCAUGAGUUGCGAGAUGCCGAGGUCAACCACAAGCUGUAGAGGUCGAGCACCAGCUGCAGAUCUCAAACACAAGCUAUCGAGGUCAGCCACGAGCUUUAGAGGUCGAGCACGAAGUGCAGAACUCAACCACGAGUUGCAGAGCUCAAACAUGAGCUACAAAGGUCGAGCACAAAGUGCAGAGCUCAAACAUGAGCUGUCGAGGUCCACCACGAGCUGCAGAGCUCAAACACUUGCUGUCGAGGUCGAGGACGAAGUGCAGAACUUGAGCACGAGCUGUAGAGCUCAAACACUUACCGCCGAGGUCAGCCACGAGCUGCAGAGGCCAAGCACGAAGUGCAGAGGUCGAGCGCGAACUGAAAGAUGUGCAGUAUGAGCUGCAAGGUGUCAACACCCUCAACAAGGUGCCAACACUUUUCGUGCAUCUGUCCUGAAGGGACCGGGUUUUUGUCCUUCUCUGCAAAUUCUGUUAACAGUAAAAUUACAGUCCCGAC